AUGCAACUGGGUAAUAAUCAUCAUUCUCAACACGAUAUCUGUGAUACUGUCGUUCAUCCCUUCCCUGAUUCUAAAGAUUUUGGUGAGCGACCUGGAAGAAACAUCUCCACUCAGUACGAAACUAUCAUUGCCUCCUCUAUUCUAGCGACCUCAGAGCGAGUGUUUUACAUCGCGAUGCUAUUCGUCGUUCCAGUGAUCAACACGCUAAUCUCAUCCUCCUGCCAAAUGAAGCUCACCGAUAUCAGUAUCUACGUCAAGACCAUGGCCUCAGAAGCCAUCUACCGCAAGGCCUUGGUCCUCAGUUCCACCGCGAGGGGCGAAACGUCGACCGGCCAAUUGGUGAAUAUCAUGUCCAGCGAUACCAACAUGCUGCAUCUCUUCAUUACGCUUCUCAACACAGCGAUCUCCAUCCCCAUCUCUCUCUUUCUCUGCAUCUUCUUCGUUGCUCAGCAGCUCGGCAAAAUCACGUGGAUCGCCCUCGCUAUCUACACGAUCAUGCUGCUCAUCCAGUCCUACGCCAGCAUCGUCUCGCGCCGCAUCCGCAUCCGCAACAUGCGCGUCGUGGACGCGCGCGUGAAGCUCACCAACGAAGUCCUCACGGGGAUCCGCGUGAUCAAAUACUACUGCUGGGAAAAGCCCUUCCUCGAGAAAAUCCGAGAAGUCCGCGCCAAAGAGCUCAAGCUCGUCGCGCAGAUGGCGUGGAUCAUGGCCGCCGGGUUCGACUGCGUCACGGCGUUGGUGCCCUGCAUCGUUCCCUUGGUCUGCUUCUCUCUGUACCCCUCGGUGAUGAAGAAGCCGCUGUCGUCCUCCGUGGCGUUCUACCUGCUCUCGCUCUUCAAGAUGCUGCAGACGCCCUUCACGAUGUUCCCCGUGGUUAUGUCCAACGCCGUGCAGUUCCGCGUGUCCAUGGGCCGCAUCCAGCGCUUCCUGAACCUCGCUGAGUGCGAUGAGUCCAUCGUGGAACGCGAUCUCCCCGCGGGGAGCACGGUCGUCUACAAGGACAUCGACGGGAACGAGAAGGUGGUGGAGGAUUACGACGCGGCAACGGACGCCGUGCUGAUCCGCGACGGUUAUUUCGCGUGGGGCGACCACGCGAACUGUCUAAAAAACAUCACGACGCGCAUCAAGAAGGGCUCGCUGGUGGCCGUUGUGGGUCGUGUAGGAAGCGGCAAGACCUCCUUCGUGUCCUCAUUGGUGGGCGAGAUGACGCGAAACGCGGGCGUGGUGAUAGUGAACGGAAGCAUGUCGCUGUCCGCGCAGCAGGCCUGGCUGGUCAACGCGACGGUGAAGGACAACAUUCUCUUCGGCAAGCCGUACGACGAGAAGAAGUACCGCGCCGUGCUGCGCGUGUGCUGCCUGGAAGACGACCUCCGCGUGCUCCAGGGAGGCAGCGAUUGCGAGAUCGGCGAGCGCGGAAUCAACCUCUCGGGCGGGCAGAAAGCGCGCAUCUCGCUGGCUCGCUGCUGCUAUUCGGACUCGGAGAUCGUGCUUCUGGACGACCCGCUCGCCGCGGUGGACGCCCACGUGGGCAAAACACUGUUCCGCCAGUGCAUCGACCGCUAUCUGCGCGGCCGGACGCGCAUUCUGGUCACCAACGCCACGCAGUUCCUGCACAAAUGCGACUGGAUCAUCGUGCUCGACAACCAGACCAUCGUCUUCCAAGGAACCUUCGACCAGCUCAAGCGGCAGCCCAUCGACCUCCUCCUCCUCGCCGAGGAAUCCACCUCCACCGAGACCGACCUUUCCAGCCGCAUUCCCGCGGGAUCCAACUCGUCUGCCGCCGUGGAAACCGUGGAAACCGUGGAAACCGAAGAGGAAAGUCGUCUUGUGUCGGAGGAAACGAAGGCGAGCGGGUCCAUUCCGUGGUGUGUGUAUCAAUAUUAUUUCCGCCUCGUUGGCGUUCCCCUCGUCCUCCUCUUCCUCUUCCUCACGCUCCUCGCCGCGCUCCUCACCGUCGCCUCUCACUUCUGGCUCUCCUACUGGAGCGACGACCCCUUCUGCGCCUCUUCUUCCUCUUCUUCCUCUUCUUCCUCCGCCUGCCAUCGCCGCAUCGCUUUCUUCAUCGCCGGCUACGCGUUGCUCUCCCUCCUCUCCCUGCUCGCCUCCGCCGCUCAGUCCUUCCUCCUCGUCCCCGGCCGUCUCCGCGCCGCCUCCGCGCUCCACGACCAGCUCGCGCUCGCCGUGCUCUCCGCCCCUGUCUCCUUCCACGACGUCACGCCCGUGGGUCGCGUGCUGAACCGACUGAACCGCGACAUCGAGCUCACCGACUCCCAGCUCCCGCGCGCGCUCACCACGCUCCUCCGCCACGCCGCCAGCCUCGCCGUCGACCUCCUCAGCUCCACGCUCGCCACCUUCGGCCUCUUCCUGCUCCCCGCGGGGAUCGUACUCGCCGCGUUCGGGGUUUUACAGCGCCGCUUCCGCCGCAGCAACACGGAGAUUCAGCGCCUCCGCGCGCUCACGCGUUCCCCGCUCUUCGCCGACUUCCAGGGCGUUUUGCUCGGCGCCGGCUCCAUCCGCGCCUUCGCCGACCAACCGCGGUUUCUCCGCGGGAUGGAGGCCGCGCUGGACCGCCACAAUACCGCGGUUCUGAUGUUCCAGUGGGCCGCCAACUGGCUCGCCGUCCGCUCCGACGUCCUGGCCGCGGUUAUUUCGCUGGUCGUCGCGGCGGUGUGCGCGGCGCUGCGGUCGGCGAUCACGCCGGGGAGACUGGGCAUUGCCCUGUCGGCGUGCACGGGAAUGUCCGGGAGCAUGAAGCAGCUCGUGCGCGUGGCGGCGAGGCUCGAGGCGCACAUGAACUCGGUGGAACGCAUUAAGGAGUACGUGGACACCGUGCAGCCGGAGCCGCCGCGCGUGACGCAGCUUCGUCCGCCGCCAAAAUGGCCGAGCGAGGGGAGGAUCGAGAUGCGGAACGUGCAGCUGCGGUAUCGGGACGGACCGCUCGUGCUGAGAGGCGUGGACUUGGUGGUGAGGCCGCACGAGAAGGUGGGGAUUGUGGGACGGACGGGCGCGGGGAAAUCGACGAUGAUGAUCGCGUUGUUCCGAAUCACGGACCUGUGCGGAGGAUCGAUCGAAAUCGAUGGGGUGGACCUGGGAAAGCUGGGAUUGGACGAUGUCCGGCGCGCAUUGUGCAUCAUCCCGCAGGACCCCGUUCUGUUCUCCGCGUCGAUCCGGUUCAAUUUGGAUCCGUUCAAUGAGUUCUCGGACGAGGAAAUCUGGUCCGUAAUCGAGCAAGUCGAAUUAAAACAGGUGGUCGAGAAUAUGCCUCGACAAUUGGAGGACGAUGUGUACGAAGGAGGAGCGAAUUUUUCUGUGGGCGAACGACAGCUGAUCUGCAUCGCGAGGGCAUUGUUGAAGAAACCGAAGAUUCUGAUCAUGGACGAAGCGACCGCAUCGUUAGACAAUGAAACAGACGCGUUUUUGCAGUCCAUGAUUCGAAAGCAAUUCUCUACCUGUACCACACUGACGAUUGCUCACCGACUGAAUACGAUUUUGGAUGCAGAUCGCGUGUGUGUGAUGGACGCAGGUGUCGUGGCGGAGUAUGACUCGCCAUACAAUCUGCUUCACAAAGAGAGCGUGUUCAAGGGAAUGGUGUUGGCUGCGAACGACCCCAACCUAUUUGACCUUGUUCCCGGGUGUGAAGACGUGAAAAAGGAAUGUGAAAGCAUUACCAUAGAGCUGAAUAGCAGUGGAUCGGACUCUCCUGAAAAGGAGAGUCAACCGUGUGAAAGCAAAGAAAAGAAUGAAACCAAUUCUUGA